GGAUAUUCAGUACCGAGCCGCUGCCGGCCAGGACUCGACACGCCGGUUCUCCCCAGCGCGAGCUCACUCGUCCCUUUUUCUUCUGCGGCAGCGCAGGGUGAGCGCGCGAGUUUCGUUGAUCUCGAACAAGCGGUGGGACACGAUUCGCGGUGCGACAGAUUGUUUCGAUCAUCGAUUCAGUGAGCGAUGUGGGUUGCCGAGGUGCAAGUGCCAAAACUCGCGACCGCGGCUCCUCGGUGACGUCGAGCUCGCAUUGUGAAAGGAAGUGGUGCACGCGAGUCCGAAAAAUAAGCCGUGAAGCACGUGACGGAGCAGGAAUCGACUCGAUCAUCGGUGACUCGGUUCCGCGCCGCCCUCUCGUAUAUAACUCACGUGUGCGCUUCCGCGCAGCUCCGGUGGUGCUCCCGCAGCUCUCUCCGUCUAGUGUGCACGUGCGCGUCGGCCGCGCUGGAUGUGGAUAUAUUCGUACACACGAGGGGUGCGCUUCCGCCGUCUGUUUUCUCGAGCGCCCGCGAGUACCAGCAUAGCGAAGGCAGAGAAGACGGGGGAUGAAAAGAGUAUACGCAAGUAAGGGCCGGAAGCUCCGGAUCGGAUAUGGCAUCGUCAUCCCUUCAGCGAGCGGACGCCGCUGAUCCCGACUACUGCUCGCCGGCGGCUUGCUGACUACUGUACACAUACACGCAUACGCGUAAGCGCGCGGGGCAAACAAGAGCGGAGAUGACCUGCGAGGGACAAUUAGCCCUGGAUUACGAGGACAGCGACGGCGUUGAUCGACGUCCCGCGGACCGUCCCUAGUGACGGUGGGUGUGGGUGUGUGUGCACAUAUCAAAGUUGAACCUCUCGUGUGCGGAGCGCCGCAUGUGCGUCGAUAUCGGUAGCGCGGAGAACGACGACAAAAAUGCGGUGGUUACGAAUGUGCUCGUGGUGCAGUGCUGCCGCGUGCUUCGAGUUGCUGCUGCUGCUGCUGUGGCUGCCGAGGAGCGGCGCGCACUUUGCGCCCACCGAGAUGUCCGAGCUGGAUAAGCCGACGUUUUUCGUGGAGGUAUCCGGCGUCGCCGAGAGCAACGUACAGCUGCCCUGUAACUUAGAGUCCGAGUACAACGACGUGGUGAAGCUAGUGCUCUGGUAUAAAGAGCCGAGCAACGAGCCAAUUUACGGAUUCGACAUGCGUAACGGCAGGCAGUUUAACGACGCGCUGCUCUGGUCGUCGCCGAAGGCGCUCGGUCGCAGGGCCUACUUCACCACCGCGACGAAACCCGCGCACUUGAGCAUCAAGGAGCUCAAGCUCAAGGACGAAGGCCUCUACCGCUGCCGAGUGGACUUUGUCAACUCGCCGACGACGAAUCAGAAGAUAAAUUUGACUGUGAUCGAACCACCGGGAAAGCCGCAGAUCCUGGACGGCGAGACGAUGCGACCGAUCGUCGAGCUGGAGAAGCGCUACAACGAGGGCAGCGACGUCAAGCUCAUCUGCAAGACUCGCGGUGGUAAGCCGCCGCCGAAGCUCACCUGGUUCCUCGAGAACACGGUCAUCGACGAGUCGUACGAGCACAAGCCCGAGACCGGGCAGACACUCAACCACCUGUCCUACCCGGGGGUCAGCCGGCAGAAUCUCAAGGCGAGGUUCAUCUGCCAGGCGAGCAACACGAAUUUGGCCGAUCCGCUCACCGCUAUGCUCAUCCUCGACGUCAAUCUGAAACCUCUGGACGUGCGCAUCUUGACGAAGGAGCCGAGGGUCUUGGCCGACAAGAAGUACGAAGUCGAGUGCCGGAGCACCGGCUCGAAACCCGCGGCGGUUAUCACGUGGUGGAAGGCUCACAAACAGAUAGACAACCUGACGAAAACGUAUGCGCCGCAGAACAAUCAGAGCCUGAGCGUCCUCAGCUUCGUGCCGAGCAUCGACGACGACGGCAAAUACCUCACGUGCAGGGCCGAGAAUCCGAAUAUUCCUAACAGCGCGCUCGAGGAUAAAUGGCAUCUGGACGUGCAGUAUAAGCCCGUGGUGAGCCUGCGAAUGGGAGUCUCCUUGAAUCCCGACGACAUCAAGGAGGGCGACGACGUCUACUUCGAGUGCAUCGUGCGCGCCAAUCCCAAGGCCUACAAGCUCUCCUGGUUCAAGGAUGCGAAGGAGCUGAAGAACAACGCGACGCUGGGCAUCGUGCUGAGCGACCACUCGCUGGUCCUGCAGGGCAUAACCCGUCACUCGGCCGGCGACUACACUUGCCUGGCCGUCAACAGCGAGGGCAAAACAGUCAGUAAUCCCGUGCCUCUUCGCGUCAUGUAUGCUCCCGUGUGCAAAGAGGGCAAGAGCGAACUGGUGGUUGGCGCUCUGAAGCAGGAAACAGUGUCGCUGAUCUGCUCGGUCGAGUCUCAUCCGGCGCCGCUGACUUUCCACUGGACGUUCAAUAAUUCGGGUGAGCUGAUGGAAGUGCCGCAUUCGCGCUACACCCACGCGAGCUCGACAGCCGUCGCCACGGGCAGUCCCACCACGAGCCAACAGCAGCAGCAGCAACAGCUAGAGAGCCAGCAGCUCAAGGAGUACCAGCAGUUUCACGGCUCGCGCAUGAACUACACGCCUUCGACGGAAAUGGAUUACGGGACCGUUGCCUGCUGGGCCAGCAAUCAAGUGGGCAAACAGCGAGCGCCUUGCCUCUUCCAGGUGAUUGCAGCCGGCCGGCCAUACACCCUGCACAACUGCACGGCCACGGAACUGUCCUCGGCCAUGGAACUGGAGGAACUUGGCCUAGCCAACAAGGCAGCUGCCAGUCUGAACGGAGUCGCGGGGACCGGCCUUCUGGUACGCUGUCUCGAGGGCUACGACGGUGGACUGCCGAUCCAGGCCUAUCACGUGGAGGUCAUCAGCGACGAGGAUGACGGGCCCGUCAUCCUGAACAAGACCGUAGCCGCCUCAGCUAACGGGCCUACGAUCGAGGUCGCCGGACUGUCAACCGGCAGGAGCUACAGGCUGUUUUUGUACGCCGUCAACGCCAAGGGCAGAAGCGAGCCCGCGAUACUCGAGCCCGUGACACUCAAAGGCGUGGCCAUGUACACGACUGGAAACACCGACACCUCCGCCUUCAGUCCUCUCCUGCUGGGCUUGGCGGCGACGGCCACCUUGCUGGCCCUCGCCGUCGCCGGAAUUCUGGCGGCUCUUUAUAGGAAGCACUCGAGCGGCCAGAGCGGAAGUCCGAAGCACGCGCCGAUAGUGUGCGAACCGCCUAAUGCCGGCUCCACUACUCCGGUUCACCCGCAGACCAAGCAGGCUGUCGACGAUAUCGAUCCCGACAUCAUACCCAACGAAUACGAGAGAAGACCUUUGACGUACACCCCCGUGUACAAGACGCCGCCGCAGAGACGGCGAGGCCUGAGGGAUCGAGGCGGUGGCACCAGUCCCGACGAGCUCAACUCGACGUCGCCCGAGAAGAAGCCGAUGGUGCAGCGCUCGAACCUGGAUCUGCGCGCGGAUGCGGCUCUUCUGGCCGAACACUCGCCCGCACCAACGAUCCGGUUCACCCAGAACCACAGCCUUCUUGGACAUCAGCAGCAGCAGCAACCGCUCGUUGGAUUUCCCAGCGGAGGCGUCUACGGCAAUCAGCCGACGCUCGCCGACUUCAAGCAGAUGGCCUUUGACGCCUACAAUCAACGCAAUCAUCAGAAUGUAUAUUACAGUUUGCAGAGGGCGAGCAAGGACAUCUCGUCGCUGCAGCAGAGGCCAGUCUCCUCGUCGGUCUCGGCCCACGGCAAGAUCCAUCAUCAGCCCGAGGUGGUCACGCGCUCUAAUCGAAUCCAAGAGAGUUGUAUAUAAAGCAACGCAGGACAGCUCCGGGAAUAAGUGUAAGCGAGAAACUUGUGCGUGUGUAUGUGUGUGUGUGUAAGUGUGUGUGUGCGAGUAUCCAUCCCUACGAUACUUACAAUUAGAAAUGCAAAAGUCGUCGUUCGAUCGAUUUAUGUAUAGUCUUUCGAUGUAUCGAGUGGACACGCGAUGGAACGAGUGAGUGCGAAUAAAGAAAGAAAAACGAAUCAUUAAAUUACUGCCAAUCAACUUAUAUCUCGUGCUUGUGCGUGAGCAAAAGUAUAUCCGCGCGAGAUCGGCCGAGAUGCUCGCAUGAUUGGCAAUCGGAUUAAGUUGAAACUAUGGAACCGCCAUUUGUUUAUAUUUAUUAUAUCAUCACGUAUUAUAUCGACGAUCAAUCGUGUAUCUUCCACUCGAGAAUUAUUUAUAUUGAGAAAAGAAGCAUGUUCGAAGAUUUAUUGACCUCGUUAAUAACGUUAUAGUUUUUAAGGUAAGCAAAAAGAUAAAAAAGCAAGGAGAAAUAAUCGUCUUCAAAUGUAUACCUUUUCGCUCGAAGAGGAGAAGCGUACAUUUCCGUAGUCGGUGUGUAUAACGUUGUGUAUUUCAAGCUACUUGAAGCGUCAAUAUAGCGCUCGUUCAUUAAUUGUACAAAGACGAAACCGAAGAGCGAAGACAUUAAAAGAAUGUAGAGUUAUACGAGAGGAAAAGAAAGUAGCGAAGCGCACGCGCCUCAUCCUCGUCGCCGGAAAACCGCGACAGCAGAGACCCUAAUAACGUAUCAUAUCCCACGAUGACUUUUACGAAAUUUCAUUUCGCUUCAUACGCGCGGCUAAUGCGUCAGACAGCCAAAAUCGCGAGCUCUCUCUCUCUCUCUCUCUCUCUCUCUCUCUCUCUCUCUCUCUCUCUCUCUAUCCCUCCUUCUCUUUUGAAACGCGCGCGUCAAAGGAUUUAUCGUCCGAUUUUUCAGCUCGUUCGACACAAACGCAAAAAACCCGCCGACGCAUUCAAACGCCUGGUUUGACUGGCAGCACGCAGAAAGCAAAAGAGAAAGAGAGGAGAAGUGCUGCUGCAGGCGCGACGUUUUCACCCCGCACACACGUCGAGCUGGAACAGGGCCAUCGGUAUCGAAUCGUAUCGUAUCGCGGCCGCUAGAUCUGUUUUUUCACCAUUUGCGCUCUCGCGAAUCUGCAUUGAAAGGUCGGCCGCGGCAGCCGAGUUUACGUAGCGCAUUCAAUCACCGAGUCUUUCAGCGAUUCGUUGCUGCUCGUGCUCUGCGUGUGCGAGCGCGCCUGUCUGUGUAUGACGAGGCGUCGGGAAAGGAAGAGGGACAUUUGGACUGUCCGCUCUAUCGCGCGCCUCUCUGGCAAGGGAAAAACAACGCCGGAAGCUCUAAUACAAUGCUGAUGCCUAUACAGUACGGAGAGUUCGCUCGGUCGCCGCAGCGAGCUUUUACUCGAAAUUCGCCUUUGAUUAUCCCGCGGAUUCAAAGGAAUUCAAAGCUCUAAACGCACAUGUAUAACUACGCUUGGCGUGCACCGCGAAAGAAACCGAUAAUUAUCCCGGAAAGCAACUGCCUGGUUUCCUUGGAGCACCUCCCUCUGUGCCUCUUAUUUGCUAUACGCAGCCGCAUUGUUGUGGACACUGUGCGCUGCACGGAUCCGCUGCUGACACAAUAUACGGACGUUGCGGGACGUCGCAGAGUUGUGUCAGCGUUCCCGCUGCUAACGAAGAAGGACACAGAGAGAUAGAAAGAGGACGAAGUUCCAUCAAGCUGCACUUGCGCGAUAGUUAUCUCGGAGCGAAAACAAUCGUCGGAAAAAUACAGUCGAUAGUAUACCGUGAAAUCUUUUUUUUCUCUCCUUUUUCGUGUUUUUCCGACUUAUCCGCGACGCAAGCAUAUUUCACAUAUCCACGUGGUCUCUGCAGCUGCGACUGGUAAACAGGCGACGAGGUAUAACGUAUACUGCGCGCGUAUAAGAUACGAUUUUACUGUUUAUAUGAGAUUAUUAGUUUUUUUGUACAAAGAUUUUAUUGUAAAUAGGCUCGGCUGGAGUCUCGUAUUAAAUGAAUAAAUAUAUAUAAAUACGUGGACGCUCGCGUCGUCGUGAUGCACCGCAUUAGGAGGUACGCGUGCUCCUUUUGCGGCGAAGCGACGAGCUGUCCGAGCAUAUCCUUCACUACACAUGUUAAGAACUUCAAGCACGUGAGAGACGAUAUUGAGAGAGCGAAAGAGUAUGAACAGGGCGAUUAGUGUGCAACGCGCGAGUACGUGGAGUGUGUAAUAUAUUAACUUUAAAAAAGAUAUAUAUAUAUAUAUAUAUAUAUAUAUACAAAUAAACGAAUGCGCGUUUUGUCUGUUUUGCAA